CAGAUUGGUAAAAUAUUUAAUUUUAUUCAUCACCCUAGAACAACUUAUAAUAUGCUUCAAGUACAUAUACGCAUGGACUCCAUUGUGUUCAUAUGUUCAUUGAUUAUGAUUAUUGUGCAUUGUACAUUUAUUAACAUCACUUAGUAUUCAGGUAGACUAAUCACUAUCAUGGAGACUGUUCAACGUCUUUAAUUUGCUGUCAAAGUGUCAAACACAAAAUAUAUGUGUCAAACUGGUGUCAAAUCUCAAAUCUUAAUUAGAACAUUGGAACUAUGGAGUGCAUACGCUCCAAAAUUGGAACUACUAUCAGAUUUAAAAAAAAUUGUUCGUUAUUCAUAGAUAGAUACCGGCGCUUGCAUCUGAAAAUUAUUAGCAUUGGGUAAGUAGAAAAAUAAGUUAAUCAGAAAGAUAUAAUCUAAAGUUAAAAUAGUUUACAUAGAAUACUGUACCAUUUGAACUAUCUACCAUUUUAUCUACGUGUCGUGUUUCUGUCUUCUGUAAUUUAACCUUACUUUUUCUUACGUUGUUUGUGUUUGUGUUAUUGUUACAAUGUCAGCAAUAGACCGUGUAAAAAUUCUUAUUCUCGGAGAUUCAGGGGUUGGAAAAACCUCUUUUGUACAUCUAGCUGCACAUAAUGAUCCUUUAAAAUCACCUAGUUGGACUGUAGGUUGCUCUGUAGAAGUAAAAUUGCAUGAGUAUAAAGAGGGAACGAAAGAACAAAAAACAUUUUUUAUUGAGUUUUGGGACGUUGGAGGAAGUCAUAUCCAUAGAAAUGCGAGACCCGUCUUUUACCAUCCUUGUCAUGGUGCUAUACUAGUCCACGAUUUAACAAAUAGAAAGUCGGAGGAAAACUUACACAAAUGGGUAAAAGAAAUUGUUAAUAAAAGGGAACGAAAAGAUUCAAAUUCUCAUUUGAAUGUGACUAAUCCUAAUCAGAACCAAUUAAAUGAGGACUGGGAUCAAGAAAGUUUAUUUGGUCAUCCAACAGUACCAUUUUUAGUAAUCGGAACUAAAUUGGACCAAAUUGAUGAUAAGAAAUCACAUCUGGGACAAAUGGCUUCUCACUUAACAGCUGAUGAAAUAGUUCUAGAUUGUAGACAAACAAGAUAUUUAGCAGCUGGUACUUCCAAUGCAGUAAAGUUGUCUAGAUUUUAUGAUAAAGUUAUAGAGACCAGGUCUAAGGCUCAUAAAGAUUCAUUUUCGGAGAGGUUUGGAAGUAAUCCAAUUUCACCAAUUUUAUCUACUAAAUUUUACUCUCCACAUCAAGAUUAAUUUUUAAUUUUAAUACCAAUAUUGUAUAAUACCAGUAUCAGUAUAAUUUGAAAUAUUUAUCUUAUAGAAUUUACGCGAGGCCUUAUCUACUUUAUUUAUUAAUUAACUUAACAUUUUAUAUAGUGAUCCAAAAUAAUAAUUGUAUAUAAAUAUUGGUAGCAAUAUAGAAUUGGUAGCAAAAUUAAUAUACGUGGUUAGGUGGGUUUUCUGUCCAAAUGGGAAUUAAACAAAACAAAAUAUUCUGAAUGGCAACAUUUCAUCUCUAUAUUAUGACUUCUUCAGGAUUCAAGUAAAAACAAAAAAGAAUAAUUAUAUAAGAAACACUGAUAUUAAUUAUAUAUGUAUAAUCAAA